AUGAAGCGCCCGCCAAAUACCCAUGAGCCAAUAUGGAAAGACCCCAAUCAGCUCAACAUGGCCGAGCUGCGGGAGGUUUUGUUGGCCUUCAAGAUAGUUUUUGAUCAAACCGAGCGUCGCACACUUCUGUUUCAGCGCUACGUGAGGGUUGCAGCCUGUGAAUCUCCCGAAUCUUUGGAGUGUUGGCUCGAGCAAGACACGUUUCAGCCCCCAUUGCCAGCUCCCGAGCAACUUGUAGUUCCCAAGUUGAAAAUCUUUCUGGCUCUGUACGAAGUAGACUACCCUGCUCAAGCCAGUCGUGGGCACCUGCUCAAGCUCUACAACUCACUUGCCGAGCGCCUUGAUCCAAGCCAAAGAGCCUCCACCGCCGUUGUGAUUCCUUGCAAGCGACCACGACCUACUCGUCCGCCACCCAAGAAGCAUAAGUCCAAUACCAACCAAGAUCUCCCCCCAACUUCAUCCUCCGCACGCAAUGUCAAUCACGAUCUCCUCCCAAGCUCUUCCUCCGCACCCCCGGUGACCACCUCAUCCCCCCCGCUGCCCUUCGAAAACACAAACCAACAAAGCUCUCAGGAUCUCUCAACGUUGCCCCCCCCAUCCCAUGUGGCACGAAGCAAACGUGCCAAGAUUCAAGCCAGGGACUCGGCACGCUACUCGCCGUAUACUCGUCAAGCAUCUCACGAAGUGCAGCAGACCCCGCAGACCCCUGUGGCAUCUCGAAUAACUCGGGCCCGGCGGUCAUCUCAAACUUCUGGAACAUCCGAGGGUCGCUCCUUAUCUCACACGUCAAGGGGCCGCUCAUUAUCUCGAGCGUCAAGAUCCUCAGGAGGAUCCCCCCCCCGCCAAUCCCCUCGGCUGAGGGCAGCCAGAGAAUCACGCUCCCUAGCUACUUCGACAACUUCCGCUGGAUCUGAAGUUGGCGAGCAGCAGACAACUUCCACAUCUCCAACUUCCGUCGCGUCAUCCUCAGCUCAAACAACCAGAUCCUAUGCCCGCAGCUCCACAUCUCGAACUUCUGCCACGUCAAGAUCCUCAGGCGCAUACUCCCUCCGCCGGUCCCCGAUGGCAGCCAGCCCGCACGACUUGAACAAUCUUUAUGACUCAGACUCUGAUGACUCAGACUUUGCUCAUGAUGGAAUUGACGGCAGCGACGGGAGUGACUCAGAUGACAGUGAUUAUGAUUACUGCAUUCACGUUGGUGAGGUCGAAUGGCUUGCAGCUGACUGCCAUCGUAACGGCGCCGGCGUUUGUCCCAGAGAAAACUCAGUCGCCGCUUCGGACGAUAGCCAGAUAAUCCGGGGGGAAAGUUUUGAGCCCACCCCUGCGAAUUUGCUCGGACGACCUCAAAGAUCCACUGUCCCCGUUUCUGAGCCUCCGCUGCCUGAAGAUUCCUACCACACAGAACUCUUCCCCACUCGACGAAUACCUCGUGCCAGUCCUCGUGCCAGUUCCGAGCCUCCAACACCUGAAGUCGACAAUACAAGCAACAAGGGAACACACUCCAGCAGAACUAGCCAAUCCCCCUCAUCCGCAAAUUCCCAGCAAUCUCUUCAGGAAUAUGCGCCUCAGUCCCAGCAUGUGGCUUUAGACUCCCCUUCUCUACAUUCGUCAAUUGGCCAUCUGGAUGGCACGACCAGCGGUGAGCCCGAGCGACGAGAUUCAGAACCAGUCUCAUCAGUCCCAGCAAACAGCGAGUCAGACGCAUACGUGGGGUCUUCAAUCGCGGACAAUACUGACAUGCCAACCCAUCGUGAAGUAUCCCAGCAAUCAUCAUCGCCUGCCCAUCGUAACUCUGAAUUGGCGAGGUCUUCAGUCUCAUCAGGCAGCGGCUUCGAAGCAUCAAUAGAAGCACACACUGCAGUGGAACCCGACUCGACCCAAGAACUCGUUGUACCAGAUGAAUCAACACAAGAAGUUGUCUCAGAUGGCUCGCCACAAGCAGGCCUGCCCAGCCCCCGCACCCCUCACGGAGAUCCAGCGGCUUCCAGGCCUCCAGCCUCAUCUCGCAAGCGCAAAUCUGAACCCCCCCUGCACUGGCCAGAACCAUCGGAGCUGUCUCGGACAGAGAUUCAAGCGUAUUUAGAUCGGCACAAUGUACGGUACACUGAAGCUAGUCGGAUGUCACGGCUGGUAGGGAGCUACAACCUCCUCCGUUGCAGUCACUCAGGAAGGUCGCCUAAACGCCCCAAAUCGCCUGCGAGCGCUGUUAGCGACCCUUCCUCCAGUAAACCCCGAAGUCGGCGAGUGCGAUUCAGAGUGGAGGUGCAGGACAGUAUUGAUGACGAGGAGGUUGGGUUUGUCUACACGCCGGAACUGGCACCUGCCUCCAUCUCCCCGUCUUUGGCUGCCUCUUCCUCCAACUUCUCCCCGUCUUUGGCUGCCUCUUCCUCCAACUAUUGA